CACGGCGCGCUGGUUAAACGAAGCAGCCGCCGUCGGUUUUUUGUGGCGCAGAUCCCUGCUGUCAUUUUAUUUCUUCAUUUAGAGACGCGUGCAGAAGGUUGAGGUCAGGUACAAACAUGACGAGCUUCUCCUCCGCUUUCUGUCCGUGUGCGCGCACACGUUUGAUGGUUAUAAACAGGUGCGCGUGUCCUUUGGAGGACUGGAUCCGCGCGCCGCGAUCUCCCUCCAUCCUCCACCGCAGCCGUGUCUCUCUUCCAUUCACACGGGAAGAUGAAUAACCGAUCGGAAGGGCACCGGGAGAGAGGUGGCAGCCCCCCCCCAAACACACACGCGCGCUGCAGAAAAUUGCAUGAUUACCGAGAUAGGCCGCCUUGAAAUAAUUCAAUCCAUGACAAAACCUAAUUACUGGCAGGUAAUACCCUGUCAGCUUUAAUGCAUCUCAUCACUCAUAAUGGCGCAGAGAGCAUUUUAUGACCCAUCUCAUUAUCGCUGCGUUUUAGGCUCGAGCCGCAUGCCAACUAUUGACUUGUAUCUCCUCCUCCACAGCCUCCCUCCCUCCCUCCCUCCUUCUCCCUACCAGAAUAUUCAAGGGACUAACUUCCACUUGUCUAGGCCGCGUGUUGGAACACUGAAUGGUGCGUAUAUAUGCAACAGGUGUGUGUGUGUGUGUGUGUGUGUGUGUGCGCGUGCCCGUGGGCCUUGCUGUGGUCCCAAAGUAUGCAAUAACAAGGCACAAAGAAUAAUCCCGUCCUCUUAUUACCGGAAACAUUGACAUAACGGCUGUGGAGCAGAGAGGCGAUCAUCGUCGGUGGAGCCCGGGACCUCACAUGACGCCCGGGAACGCUGGAGGAAGAGGAAUCAGUGACCUUGAUUGAUCUAAUUGUCGUGUUGUAUCUGCGCUCUACUUUUCCUUUUUCUCCCACUCAUUGAUAACAGAAACACACGAGUGACUGACUCAUACGCACUCAUUGUUUUAAUGAUAAACUCAUAGUCCUAUUCGAGUCAAGUCUAACACAAUGUGCCUGUGUGCGCGUGACUGUACCUCCGUUUAACUCGGUCUGGACUUGACGCUGUUGUUAACACUGAACAACCACGUCAGCAGGUGUCAGAAGGUGCGUGUUUUAUGUCUCCUCGUGAGGUGCCCCUGAACGCAGCAUGUCCACCUUAAAUUCAAGACUAAACUUGUCCUGACGUUCAGACCGCUCUGCGCGCGCCUUGAGACAAACUGUGUUCCUGUCUAAUAUAAUGAGCGCCGCGCGCACCCGCGACUCCAAGAUUAAAGGACGUUGAGGGGGGCGGAAAUGGGCGUUCCAGGGACGCGCACGCGAUGCAUGCCUCCGUCAUAUAGUGGAGCGGCUUGUAAUAAGUGAAUGACCUUAUCGUGGCGGUGUAAUGUUUCUCCGGAGAGGGAUUGGGUUUUUUUGGAGGUAAUAAAGCUCGGCUCCCCCCCACGUCUCUUGCCACUCUCGCUGAUGCAUCGGGGACACCGGCCGGCCUGAGCCCCACGCGCACUCCUGCCGCACGCUCACACCGCUUGAACACUUGUAGCCGUCUCCCACAAACCGGUUCGCUCUGACCCACGUGGAGCUCAUUCCAUACUGAAGAGCGGCGCGGCGCGCGAUGUCAGUUUGGUGAACUUUUUGCUGCUGUUGUUGUUUUUGUCCCGUUCAGAGGAGCAUCUGUAGCUGGAGUUCAUUCUCACUUCUGCUUCACUUGUUGACAAAGGUAUACAAAUGCUCUCCGUCCAGCCGGACACCAAGCCAAAAGGCUGUGCCGGCUGCAACCGGAAGAUCAAGGACCGCUACCUGCUGAAGGCCCUCGAUAAGUACUGGCACGAGGACUGCCUCAAGUGUGCCUGCUGUGACUGCAGGCUGGGCGAGGUGGGCUCCACGCUCUACACCAAAGCCAACCUCAUCCUGUGCCGGAGAGACUACCUACGGUUGUUUGGCGUUACAGGGAACUGCGCGGCCUGCAGCAAGCUAAUUCCAGCCUUCGAGAUGGUCAUGAGGGCCAAAGAGAACGUCUACCACCUGGACUGCUUCGCGUGCCAGCUCUGCAAUCAGAGGUUUUGUGUGGGAGACAAGUUUUUCCUGAAGAACAACAUGAUCCUGUGCCAGACCGACUACGAGGAGGGGCUGAUGAAGGAGGGCUACUCUCCCCAGGUCCGCUGACCCUCGUAGGCCAACAACAAGGAAGAGGAGGAGGAGGAGGAGGAGGAGGAGUGGGAGCAAGAGAGAGACCUGAAGGAGAGCUUGCAAUCACACAACAAAAAGCACUAUCGCCUCCUGUCCAGCUCCUGUCCCCCACAUGUACAUAACUAAGCAAGCUUCCCCGGGAGGGGAGGGGACACACUCUGCUGUACAGAAUAGCCAUAGAGACAUGUGGCAGGAAAGGCCCGGGGAGCCUACAACAAACUACAAGUGUGAAAAAAAAAAUAGUUUGGCCAUUUCUUUGUUUAUGACGGAUCCUGCCUCUUUCCUUCUGGCCAGCAGACACCGGCCUCAGAGCAAUUUCUAACCAACGGCUGAUCCCGGCUGUUGGAAAGCAAAAACAAGAUAUAUAUUAACCCACCCAAAAGCAGUUUUGUGUCUUCUUAUCUGAAAAGGACAGACAACUUCUACUUGAAUCUAAAAUACACUGAGGUAUUGUCAAUGUAAUUUUGAGGUAACAACCUUUUUACUGUAUGAUAUCAGAUUUAAAACACAGUGAAUGUAAGCGAAAGAGCGGCAAAACUAACGCUGAUGACUAAUUUCUUGCUGUGUGUGUGUGUGUGUGUGUGUGUGUGUGUGUGUGUGUGUGUGUGUGUGUGGGGGCCCGCGUGCGUGCAUGCGUGGGCCCGCGUGCGUGCAUGCGUGCGUGCGUGCGCGUUGAGGACUUCUCUGUCUCGCAGUCUUGCAAGGCUCGGUCUGGUCCAUGUAGUCUUUACAGAACCUUAAGAUUCCAAAAUUGAUCACAAAUAUCAAAUAGUAUCGCCAUGCUUCCAGAUCGCACAGCUGUGUUGGCUCCUGGGCAAAACAAAUCUGUUUGAGACAAAAUGUGUGUGUUUCUCUGGAUGGAUGGAAUCUCUCACAAUCACUACAUGCAUAUAUUUGAGACCAUCAUGUCACUAGAAGACAAUUGAUCCUUGAAGACUAGUGUCACAUACCUUUCUGGUAGCACAACGUUAACGUGUUUUUGGCUGUUUUGAUUGUUAGUGAAAACACUUUUCCUGAUCAAAGUCGGCAGCUUUUGAGGACAUUAAAGGGGGUAUAUCAUGCUCAUUUUCAGGUUCAUACUUUUAUUCUGGGUUACUACUAAAACAUGUUUACAUGUGUUACUGUUCAAAAACCACAUUAUUGUUCUCAUAAUGUUUAUCUGAAUAUACCUGUCUUCACCCUCUAUCUGAAAUGCUCCGUUUGUAGUGCCUGUCUCCUUAAGGCCCCCUCCCGAGAAAAAUCCAGUCUGCUCUGAUUGGCUUGCAAGAAAAAUUUCCGAUUAGAAGACGACCCACGUCACCGCCCACACAGGUAUGUGUACAAGCACAGAAAAGGGAGUUUUUUGAUUGGGCCCCAAAAAAUCCUCACAACUUUCACCUCUCCUGAGCUUUAUGUCAUCUCGCCUGCUCAGCAACAAACGGCAGUCAAGGUUAGCAACUACUUGGAGCAUUUAGCAGCUAAAGAGCCACAUAUUUUUCACAGCAAUUGGUGGAGCCCAAAACAGAGCUAAAACUUCUAUUCAUCCGGUGUACACAAAGAUCGCUCCAAGGAGAUGCAAAUGUUGCUCUGUGUCUGCUGGAUGUGUAAAGAGGCAACAAACACGUUGCAACAAAAGGAUUACAGUAUUUGCAAUCUUUUCAGCUCUACUGCCCCCAAGUGGUCAAAAUACACAAUUAAUGCGGCUUUAAACGUAAUGGACCAGACCUGAUGCCUGUGGACAAACACGUGGUUUUGCGAGACUGUCAUGGCUUGACAAGAGUCACUGUUCCAUUCCUGAAAUGCAUUCCGUCAGAGCUACUUUCAGCAGUAUUUGGGCAGCCCGGCUACGUUCUGAGGGAGGACUGUGUAUUUUUUGCUGGAGACAGUCUUUCUAUUCAUGAAAAACUUUUCUUUCACUCUGGUCAAACAGAAAUGUGGGGGAAUGCCCAUGGCGGCAUGUUGUUGUAGCGGUUGUUAGGGAUUGGUCGGGGAUGGUAGGGGUUGGUUACUUUUUGUACACUAUUUAUUUGAUAAGCAUUCAGUACAUCGCCCGUUGUCCAAAAUUCGGCAUUGUUUGACAUGCUGAUACUUGAAUCCAAUUGAGGAUUUCUCAAUCUACAUUUGGCUUAUGUUGAGGGCGGCAGUGUGAUUUUCAACACGGCUUUGGGUUCAGAUACUGCACCCUGCGGCAGGUCAGUCCCCUUAAGGGCGUGGUGGCUCCCUGCUGCAGAGGAGUACGUCCAGUAGUAAAUAUCAGCAUCUGAGCGUGUGCAACAGCGCUCAGCACCAUUUCUUAGCUGGAAAAAAAAAGUUCUUUCAUUUGUAAAUUGUGGGUGUACAUAAAAGAAAUAUUCAUUUUUGCUUGCUAUUGUACAAUGAUUUCUUUUUAUGUGUCAUCCAGCAUGAGAUGUUUAUUUUUAGGACGCUUGUAAAUACUGUAAUUGUAAUAAUUUUAAGCACAAAUGUAAUACAGUUUUAUUGUGUUAAUUGUGAGUGGUGUCUUUCUUUCUUCGACUGUUAUUUCUGACCUGUAUAUUUGUCAGGCUGAGAUUUAUAUCUGAAGA